AUGGUCGCACGUGGUUGCGUGGCAAACGAUUUGAUUCCGAGUUUAUUCUUCGUGACAAUCCUCACCAUACUUCUGACACGAGCGACCCUUUCGUAUCGUUAUCAUUAUGAAGAUUAUGACACAAUGAUGGGUACAUGCCGGGAGAAUGAGGUGUGCAACAUCGUUCAUCAUCGCCACUGGAUGCCGAGCACGGUGGACAAAGUGUGCCGGUGCCCGCUCAAUACACCGAGCUGCCCGGUGGUGCAUACACGCCACGGGAACGUGAUGAAUGUGAACAGCCGGACGCAGAUGAAGUUCUGCGCACCGCUGCGCAAUCUGCGCCCGUGCCGGGACGGGGAGAUUGCACUGCGUCGCAAAACACUGUACCAAUCGUACGGCGUGAAAAAUGUGUCGAUCGUUGUCGACUGUCUGUGCGAUCAUCGGCAGAGCUACUGGACGUUUCACAAUCGAUCCGGCGAAGACUUUAACGAUGCACGGCACUUGUUUACGGUAGUGCAAAAUUACAAAUGCGUUGCAAUGAAACGAUGCGCACCGCACGAGUUCUGUGGCUAUGGGCGACGCGAUUACGGGUUCAUCUAUCAUCGCUGCACCUGCCCGAUGUCGCAUCAGUGCAAAUUCGAUCUGGACGAGUACGAAGAUGACGUCAGUGAGCUGUUUUAUCAAGGACCGGCAUACUUAGCCCGGUGCGUCCCCAUUUACGAUUACGACUGGUGGUGA